CACAGGUGGGUCUUCAUCUAUGAGAAAGGCUACCAGUCCACAGACACGGCGGUGAGCUCCGUGUUCACCAAAAUGAAGGGAGUGGGCUACACUAAUGUGAGCGGGAGUGAGACCGUCUGGGACGUGGCCGACUACGUCUUCCCUUCUCAGGGCGACUCGUCUUUCGUAGUGAUGACUAACUUCAUCAUUACCGAAGGUCAGAAGAUGGGAAAAUGCCCAGAGCUUACAGGCAAGCACAACUGCACAUCAGACGCCGACUGCGUAGGAGGGAGUUUCAAACGUACGGGACAUGGACAAACGACUGGAGUCUGUGUCAACAAAACACAAACCUGUGAGGUGCUGGCAUGGUGUCCAGUUGAGGACGACCGCAAUGUUCCGAAUCCUCCUCUUCUGAUGUCCGCAGAAAACUACACGCUUUUCAUCAAAAACUCUGUAACUUUCCCUUUAUUUGGCGUCACCAGGAGUAACUUGGUGGAGGGAAUCGAUAAGAACUACAUCGGCAAAUGCCUUUUCGAUCCAAAGGAAGAACCGCUCUGUCCAAUAUUCAAACUGGGAGAUAUAGUGAAACUGUCCGGCUUCAGCUUUGAAAAAUUAGCCCAAGAGGGAGGGGCUAUUGGCAUUGUUGUUGACUGGACAUGUAACUUCGACGUCGAUGUGAAACACUGUAAGCCAGAGUACAACUUUCACGGUCUCUAUGGAAACCCAAGUGAGACUGAUGACGCCAGGGCGUCGGUUGGGUAUAACUUCAGGUAUGCAAAGUAUUAUAUGGAGGAUAAAAUUCCCAAGAGAACCCUCCUUAAAGUUUUUGGCAUCAGGUUUGAUGUCAUUGUGAAGUCACUGGCAAGAAAAUUUGACAUAAUCCCAACACUCACAGCAAUAGGCUCAGGCGUGGGGAUUUUCGGAGUGGCAACCGUCGUUUGUGACUUGGUAUUGCUUUAUUUGCUGCCAAAAAGGGAGUUUUAUAAGAACAUGAAGUUCAAAUACACAGACACACAAACACAGCAGGACAGUGAGUCUAUCGAUUUAGACUCUAACGCCUAUAAAACCCUUGAAGCAAAUUCAAGACGAGCCCAAGACAAAGACGAGCCCAACGUGAGUGCAAGCAGGAUCCUGAUCCAGAGGCAGGAUCCACAGAGACUGAGAAGUGAUCUGGGAGCAAAGAGGGUAACGCACAAGCUGCUUCAUAAAGUGAACUGCACAGAAACGACGUCAUGGGAAACGGAGGACAACUCACGCACACCAACUAUGGAUGGACCCCUGAGAAAAGAAAGGACAUCAUUUCUCUCUGAUCCUCAGCAGCAUCUUCAACCAGGGACCUCCUCUCACUCAAAAAGCCAACAUGACUGACUGUGAUCAUUACCGUUUAAUGUCGAGCCAUCUGUUUUGUCUUUUGGGUGUUUGUUGUUCCCAAGAAGGGUGUAACCUCCACAACUUGAACCAUGUCUGCAAACGAACGGUUGAGAGAAGACGAUGUGGCACGUUGGUGUUCUGUGUGUGGACAAAUCGUUCAUCACCUCCGUCAGAGUCCCAGUCACUCCAAAUAAAAACAGACCAAACUUGUGUUUGCAUUUGCCGAUCCUUCCCAUGUGCACACAUGUGACAAAGAGUUGAACUAAAUCAAACAAGUUCUCCAACCGUCGUGCUUUUCUUUUUUUUUUUUUUUUUUCUUCCCUCAAACGGCAACAGGCAAACAUUCGGGUGUUUAGAGAAUAUUUUUAUUUUUUUACUGUUGAGUACAAAAAGCAUGCAAAAAAAUAGCUUGUUUGUAUUGGUACAUAUUUACAUUGCGACUGGAUUCUAUAUAGGGAUGUGCCAUGCUUCGAUUUAUUGGAGUGAGCACAUUCAGAUAUGAACCAGACAUCAAACAGAGAGCAGGCACAGCAGGACAGAAACAAAGACGCUAAAGGGACAGUUUGGAUUUUCCUUAAAGUUCUGUGACGUUUUUAGCGACAGCUCUAUUACCUGUCGUCAUACCGUAGUCGCUUUGUAGUGAGAAAGGAAUGAGCACGAUUCAGAUUUAAUGUCUCACAAGCUGCAUUUCCGUCAGCCAUGUAAUUGCGCAAAUUGGAAUUACAAAAAUUGGUGUAUUUCACAAAACUACAUUGGAAACAUUUUUCAUGUAAGUAAUGUGAUCAAUAACCGGAUGUUAUCACUGGCAGAAAAGACAACAAGAAGGAGGAGGACGACAGCACAGCAUGUUUUUCUUUUUUUUUUUUUAUCGUGCAAACAAACGUUUCGUAGAAGACUGUGUUCGUCUAACUUGCGCCAAUUUCAGAUUUCUCAUCAAUUGAAUCUUCCUCGGUCAGAAGGAAUAGGCCAACUCCACCGGUGAAUCUUAGGUUUAUUGAUAGAAUAAUAGUAGGUACAUGGGAGAUGAUGGUACAGAUGAUGACGUGGAGAUAGGAACGAUGUGGUUGUAUUCGAUUUCGUAUGUAUAUGUGUGUGUGUGGUUAUCUGAAACAGAAGAAACAAUAAAGGUGCAUAUUAAUAGCCAUGCGGGCAAAGCGGCUACACAUACAUGCGGGAUGAAAAUGGCCUGUAGUAACACAGAAAUCCAAUAGAGGGCACCAUAACACCACACAUGAAUUAUCGGUAAAAUGCAAUAAACAUACAAAUGACAAAAACCGUCAGAAAAUAUGAAUUAACGGCAAAUUUCCUCAUAUGCUACUACAAUGGUAAUAUAUUGGCAGAAAAAAUGUAUACUUACAAAAUUAAAACGCACACAGGUCUCAUACACACGGGAUUAAGGAUGGAUUGAUGGUAGAUGGAUUUUAUGCCACCGAGCCUCACAGAAGCACAGAAAAUAACUUGCUCAUCUACGUGAAAUUCGAACUACAAAAACGAACAGAUGCAUCAUGGGUAAUGUAGUGCUAAAAGAACAGACGGACUUUUAACACACAUGUGAUGUUAAAUGUGUUUCUUAUUUAAUGAAAAUGCAGCAACAUAAAACAACUCAAUUUCUCUCUAUUAUGGAUUUAUCUCUAUCCAUAAUAGAGAGAAAUCUGUUAUCUCUAUUAAUAGAUUUAAUAGAGAUAAAUCUAUCUCUAUUAUGGAUAGAGAUAGAACUGUUAACAGUUCCCUUACUGUUAACGGCUUUAUAUAAUAUAUAUUUUUAAAAAGCUAUUCAUUUAAGAUAAACACCCGAGUUCCCAAACUUCCCCGGUUUGUAUUAUUAGAAAUUAAUAAUACUAAUAAUUCCACAGGAAAUAGAUUUUUUGAGUCUGUGUGCCACCAAUGGUCUUCCUGUGUGAACAAGUCCUGAGAAGGAACCCCAUAAAGCAUCAUUGAAAUAAAGGUAAAUUUAUUGAAAAGGGUAAAGUUUUAUUGUGCUUCACAUGAAGAUUUUCUUGAUUUUUACAUCUUCCACUCUGAGUUUGUGUUUAAUACAGGAAAAUUGUUGAGGCCACACUGCCUUCCAUCUCGAAAUCUUGUGUAAAUACUCAGCUUCUGUGUAAAUAAAAGGAGUCAUGGUUUUCAUUGUUUUAAAAUGGUGUUCUCCUGACACCUUUAACACUCAAGUUGUUUUUAGAUGGUAGAUUUGGCUCGACUCCCCUUGGAUUAAGUCCAAAACAAACUAAUUUGUAUUGGUGGUAAAAGGAUGACAUUAGUUAAAGUUACCUACUGGUAAGAAAUAACUGCUUGGAAUGUUCCAGUCUAAUUACACUUAAAA